AUGGCUCCAGCGGUGAUGCAGAUGAUUGCGAAGAGAUACUAUUGUUCCUCAUACAGUUACUACGGCGAUGACUGCACAUACUCCGCAUGGAACGAUUGGGGUCGCUGGGUAGCACUCGCUGUGAUCGUUGUCGCGGUGCUGGUUUUUGCGUUUUUAGUAUCCUGCAUCAACACCCGCCGUCGUCGUCGCCGCGGUCUCGCCCCUAUGUACGGCACCGGCUGGAUGCCCGGCAACAAAAACCCUCCGCAAGGCAAUCAGCAGUACGGAGGAUACUACGGUGCGCCUGCGCCGCCGUAUACGCCUGCGCCGAUGCCGAAUCAGCAGACGGGCACGACGUUCCAGAGUGGGGAUGGGUAUUAUGGUGCGAAUAAUAAUGCGUAUGGGGCAAAUGGGAAUGGAAAUGGGAAUGGGUUUGAGAUGCAACCGCCGCAGAAUGCGUAUCAGCCCCAGAGGGGAGGGGAGCCGGUUUAUGAGGCGCCGUUGGGUCCGCCGCCUACGAAGGGGGGUGCGAUCAUAAGAUAA